AUGUUGAAAUAUUUUGUAUUGAGCGUAUUUCUUUUGGCUUUAACCUGGCAAACCUUUGGCGAAGACCAGAUAGCUGUAAAGGAUGACUUUGAUGUUACUCCAGUUAACAAUACAGAUGGCAUCAUAAUACCCCAGCCCCGAUAUGCCCAAUUUAGCGUUAGUGACAAGACCUAUACGUUUAUUUUCACACCUGUUAAUUGGUACACGGCCGUGGAAUUGUGUAAUUCCCAAAAUCAAGUUAUAGCCACUAUAACCAGCUCUGAUGAGAGCUCCAGAAUAUACGACACUUUAUACAUGAACCGUCUUGUAAACACUGGAUCCAACUUUUGGUUAGGCGCUACAGAUUUGGGACAUCAUGGUCGUUGGACCUGGUUUAAUACGGGACGUCCACUUUUCUACACCAACUGGGGACCUGGUGAACCGAAUAAUGGUUAUAACAGAGAACAUUGCCUGCAAUUGCUAAGUAAUGGACAAUGGAAUGAUUAUGAUUGCGAUAGUCAGCAACUGGUUAUAUGUCAAAAUCGUCCUAGUUGCUAA